AUCCUGGUGGACUUGCCGGCUGAGAGGAAGCACCAAGCACUGCAGUACGAGAAUGUUGUGGCUCAUGAGGGCAGCUCCAUCCUGCGAGACCUGGUGCUGAGUCCCGACCGCCAGCACAUCUAUGCCAUGACGGAGAAACAGGUGACGCGGGUGCCGGUGGAGAGCUGUGAGCAGUAUGAGAGCUGUGAGCUGUGCCUGGGCUCCCGGGACCCCCACUGCGGCUGGUGCGUCCUCCACAACAUAUGCUCGCGCAAGGACCGCUGCGAGAGGGCGGACGAGCCCCAGCGCUUCGCCUCCGACCUGCGGCAGUGCGUGCAGCUCACCGUCCAGCCGAAGAACAUCUCGGUCACCAUGUCGGAGGUCCCGCUGGUCCUGCAGGCCUGGAAUGUCCCAGACCUCUCGGCGGGAGUCAACUGCUCCUUCGAAGACUUCACUGAGUCUGAGAGCCGCAUUGAAGAUGGGAAGAUCUACUGCAGCUCUCCCUCUGCCAAGGACGUCAUCCCCAUCACCAGGGGCCGCGGGGACAAGCGAGUGGUAAAGCUCUACCUGAAGUCUAAGGAGACGGGGAAGAAGUUUGCCUCUGUGGAUUUUGUUUUCUACAACUGCAGCGUCCAUCAAUCCUGCCUGUCCUGUGUGAACGGCUCCUUCCCCUGCCACUGGUGCAAGUACCGACACAUCUGCACCCACAACGCCGCUGACUGCUCCUUCCUGGAGGGACGUGUCAAGCUCUCUGAGGACUGCCCCCAGAUCCUGCCAUCCACCCAGAUCUACAUCCCCGUGGGUGUGGUGAAACCCAUCACCCUGACAGCCAAGAACCUGCCCCAGCCGCAGUCCGGCCAGCGCAACUACGAGUGCAUCUUCCACAUCCCUGGCAGCACCACCCGCGUCACUGCCCUGCGCUUCAACAGCACCAGCAUCCAGUGCCAGAACACCUCGUAUUUCUACGAAGGGAAUGACAUCAGUGACCUGCCAGUCAACUUGUCUGUGGUCUGGAAUGGGAACUUUGUCAUCGACAACCCCCAGAACAUCCAGGCCCACCUCUACAAGUGCUCGGCCCUGCGGGAAAGCUGCGGUCUGUGCCUCAAGGCUGACCCGCGCUUCGAGUGCGGCUGGUGCGUGUCGGAGAGACGCUGCUCGCUGCGGCAGCACUGCCUGGCCUACGAGAGCAGCUGGAUGCAUGCCAGCAGUGGCAACAGCCGCUGCACCGACCCCAAGAUCACCAAGCUGUUCCCUGAGACUGGCCCCAGGCAAGGAGGGACCCGACUGACCAUCACCGGUGAGAACCUGGGCCUGAAGUUUGAAGAUGUUCGCUGGGGCGUUCGAGUUGGCAAAGUGAUGUGCAUCCCCAUCGAGAGCGAGUACAUCAGCGCUGAGCAGAUUGUGUGUGAAAUCGGAGAUGCCAGCCCGAGCAAGGUCCACCAGGCGCGGGUAGAAGUGUGCAUCCGCGACUGCUCGCCCAGCUACCGAGCCACGUCCCCCAAGAACUUCACCUUUGUGACGCCCACUUUCUCCCGUGUGGUCCCAGCCCGAGGUCCUCUCUCUGGUGGCACCUGGAUCGCCAUCGAAGGCAGCCACCUCAAUGCUGGCAGCAACGUCUCUGUGACCAUCGGAGGACGGCCCUGUGCUUUUUCAUGGAGAAGCGCUCGUGAGAUUCGGUGCAGGACCCCCCCCGGGCACACCCCCGGCGGCUCUCCCAUCCUCAUCAACAUCAACCGGGCCGAGCUGAGCAACCCAGAGGUGAAGUACAACUACACAGAGGACCCCACCAUCCAGAAGAUCGAUCCUGAAUGGAGCAUCAACAGUGGUGGGACGCUGCUGACCGUGACUGGCACCAACCUGGCCACCAUCAAAGAGCCCAGGAUCCGGGCAAAGUAUUGCAGCUCUGAAAGGGAGAAUAACUGCACCGUCUACAAUGACACCACCAUGGUGUGCUACGCGCCCUCCAUCGACAACCCCGUGCGAAGUCCUCCAGAGGUCGGCGACCGCCCAGAUGAGAUCGGCUUCGUCAUGGAUAACGUCCAGGCCCUGCUGAUCAUCAACACCACCAACUUCGUCUAUUACCCAGACCCUGUCUUCGAGCCUCUCAGCCCCACAGGGAUGCUGGAGCUGAAGCCGAGCUCUCCCCUCAUCCUCAAGGGCAGGAACCUGCUCCCGCCAGCUGCUGGAAACUCCCGCCUGAACUACACGGUGCUGAUCGGAGACACUCCCUGCACCCUGACCGUCUCUGAGACCCAGCUCCUUUGCGAGUCCCCCAACCUCACUGGCCAGCACAAAGUCACGAUCAAGGCUGGAGGAUUUGAGUUCUCCCCAGGAACGCUGCAGAUCUACUCAGACAGCCUGCUCACCCUGCCUGCCAUCAUCGGGAUUGGUGGUGGCGGCGGUCUGCUCCUCCUCAUCAUCAUCAUCGUCCUCAUCGCCUACAAGCGCAAGUCUCGGGAUGCCGACCGGACCCUGAAACGCCUCCAGCUGCAGAUGGACAACCUGGAGUCCCGAGUGGCCCUGGAGUGCAAAGAGGCCUUCGCUGAGCUGCAGACUGACAUUAAUGAGCUGACCAAUGACCUGGAUGGGGCUGGCAUCCCGUUUCUGGAUUAUCGUACCUACGCCAUGCGGGUUCUCUUCCCGGGAAUAGAAGACCACCCCGUGCUGAAGGAGAUGGAGGUCCAGGCGAAUGUGGAGAAGUCCUUGACGCUCUUUGGGCAGCUCCUGAACAAGAAGCACUUCUUGCUGACCUUCAUCCGCACUCUGGAGGCUCAGCGGAGCUUCUCCAUGCGGGACCGCGGCAACGUGGCCUCCCUCAUCAUGACGGCGCUGCAGGGCGAGAUGGAGUAUGCCACGGGUGUGCUGAAGCAGCUCCUCUCCGACCUCAUCGAGAAGAACCUGGAGAGUAAGAACCACCCCAAGCUGCUUUUGCGAAGAACAGAGUCGGUGGCCGAGAAGAUGCUGACGAAUUGGUUCACAUUUUUGCUGUACAAGUUUCUGAAGGAGUGUGCUGGGGAACCACUCUUCAUGCUCUACUGUGCCAUCAAGCAACAGAUGGAGAAGGGACCCAUUGAUGCCAUCACAGGAGAGGCUCGCUACUCCCUCAGUGAAGACAAGCUUAUCCGGCAGCAGAUUGACUACAAGAUGCUGACCCUCAACUGUGUGAACCCUGAGAAUGAGAACGCCCCAGAGAUCCCCGUCAAGGUGCUGAACUGUGACACCAUCACGCAGGUGAAGGAGAAGCUGCUGGAUGCUGUCUACAAAGGGGUGCCCUAUUCCCAGCGACCCAAAGCUGGAGACAUGGACUUGGAGUGGCGCCAGGGCAGGAUGGCCCGGAUCAUACUGCAGGAUGAAGAUGUCACCACGAAGAUCGACAAUGACUGGAAGAGGCUAAACACCUUGGCCCACUACCAGGUGACAGACGGCUCCUCGGUAGCCCUGGUGCCCAAGCAGAACUCAGCAUACAACAUCUCCAACUCCUCCACCUUCACCAAGUCCCUCAGCAGAUACGAGAGCAUGCUGCGGACAGCCAGCAGCCCUGACAGCCUGCGCUCGCGGACCCCCAUGAUCACCCCCGACCUGGAGAGCGGCACCAAGCUCUGGCACCUGGUGAAAAACCACGACCACAUGGACCAGCGGGAGGGUGACCGGGGCAGCAAGAUGGUCUCCGAAAUCUACUUGACCCGCCUCUUAGCCACCAAGGGCACUCUGCAGAAAUUCGUGGAUGACCUUUUUGAGACCAUCUUCAGCACAGCACAUCGUGGGAGCGCGCUGCCUCUUGCCAUCAAAUACAUGUUUGAUUUCCUGGAUGAACAAGCUGAUAAGCAUCAGAUCAAUGACUACGAUGUCAGGCACACCUGGAAGAGUAACUGUCUACCUCUACGUUUUUGGGUGAAUGUGAUUAAGAACCCCCAGUUUGUGUUCGACAUUCACAAGAACAGUAUUACUGAUGCCUGCCUAUCUGUGGUAGCUCAGACAUUCAUGGACUCCUGCUCAACUUCUGAGCACAAGCUAGGAAAAGACUCUCCUUCCAACAAACUACUGUACGCCAAGGACAUCCCCAACUACAAGAGCUGGGUAGAAAGAUAUUAUGCAGAUAUAGCUAAAAUGCCAGCUAUCAGUGACCAGGACAUGAGUGCGUAUCUGGCAGAGCAGUCGCGGUUACACCUCAGCCAGUUCAACAGUAUGAGCGCGCUGCAUGAGAUCUACUCCUACAUCACCAAGUACAAGGAUGAGAUUUUAGCUGCAUUGGAGAAGGACGAGCAGGCCCGGAGGCAGCGGCUGAGGAGUAAGCUGGAGCAGGCGAUCGACACAAUGGCCUUAA